CCCAUCCCCCGCCCCGCACGCCACCAUAUAACCCCGCCCCUCCCUUCUCCACCAAACUCCCCUCCUCCGUUCCCGACUUCCCGAGAACCUAAAAAACCUCAAACAACUCGAAAAAAAAAACCUCCGAACCAAAACCAAAGACCCGAAUCCAUCCAUCGACAGGAGGACAGGGCCGAAAAGGGGCGCGUCUCGUCCGAGCUAUGAGAGUUCCCGUCACUUCCCAACCGCCAGCAACCCCCGCCGCCCCCGCCGCAGGAGCCGCCCAGCCGCUCAAGCCCGUGUCCGCCGCCGCCGCCGCCCCUCCGCCCCUCUGCUACGAGCCCACCUCUGUCCUCGACCUCCGCAGCCCCGCGUCCGACAAGCACCCCGAGGUCGCCCCGCUCCCCGGCGGGGGCGGUGGCGGCGGGGGCGGCGGCGCGGGAGGCGACGGCGACGAUGGCUCCGCUGCGCUCCAGUGGGACGAGCACGCGAUGCAGACCCUGGACUGGGACUCCAUCAUGAGGGACUUGGGCCUCCACGACGACUCGGCGCCUCCCUUCAGGGCCAACCCCCACGUCUGCCCCGCCGACGCCUUCCCGCCUCCGCCGCCUCCUCCUCCCCACCACCACCACCAGCAGCAGCAGCAACACCACCAGCAGCUGGAGCCGCCGGGCCACUUCCUGCCCCACGAAUUCGCCCUCUCUGACGGGUACUCGAACCCGCUCGACUCGUGCGCUGACUCCCCCGCCGGAUGGAACGGCCUCGGGCCCGACUUCUUCGACGAGCUGAUCCAGGCCGCCGAAUGCUUCGACUCGAGCGAGCUCCAGCUGGCGCAGAUGAUAUUGGCGCGGCUCAAUCAACGGCUCCGUUCUCCGGCUGGCAAGCCCGUCCAGCGAGCCGCCUUUUACUUCAAGGAGGCGUUCCAGUCGCUGCUUCUCCUCCAGUCCGGCUCGAACCGGCCUCCGGCUCGGCUCUCCUCUUGGCCCGACAUCGUGCAGACGAUCCGAGCCUACAAGGCCUUCUCCGGCAACUCUCCGAUCUCCAUGUUCACGCACUUCACGGCGAUCCAGGCCCUCCUGGAGUCGCUCGACGGCUCGACUGUCUUCCACGUCGUCGACUUCGACAUCGGCUUCGGAGGCCAGUACGCCUCCUUCAUGAAGGAGAUCGCGGACCGAGCCGACUCGUGCAAGCUCCAGCCGCCGAUCGUGAGGAUCACCGCCGUCGUGCCGGAGGAGUUCGCGAUCGAGACGAAGCUCAUCAGGGACAACCUCUCGCAGUACGCGCACGAGCUCAAGCUCCGGGUCGAGGUCGAGUUCGUCCUCGUCCGCGCCUUCGAGAUGCUCUCCUUCAAGUCCAUCAACUUCAUCGACCGGGAGAGCCUGGCGGUCCACCUGUCGCCGGCGAUCCUCCACCGCCUCGGGCCGGCGAGCAACGUCGCGAGGUUCCUCGUCGACGUCCGGCGGCUGAACCCCAGCAUCGUCGUGUUCGCCGACACCGAGCCGUGGGCGGACGCCGCCGCCCCGGCGUCGUUCAAGCGGAGCUUCCUCGGCUGCUUCGAGCACUACGCGACGGUGUUCGAGUCGGUGGACGUGGCGACCGGCGGCGGGGAAUGGGCGAGGAAGAUCGAGGGGUACCUGCUGCGGCCGAGGAUAACGGCCGCGGUGGAGGCGGCGGCGAAGAGAGCGGCGCCGCCGUCGUGGAGGGAGGCGUUCCAUGGGGCCGGGAUGCGACCGGUGAGACUGAGCCAGUUCGCGGACUACCAGGCGGAGUUCCUGCUGGGGAAGGUGCAGGUGCGGGGGUUCCACGUGGCGAGGCGGCAGGCCGAGCUGGUGCUGUGCUGGCACGACAGGGCCCUCGUCGCCACGUCAGCGUGGAAGUUUUAGUUUUCGCUUAGGAGGGGCGGGAGGGAGAAGAAGAUACACGCGGGUCCUCGAGGGUUCCGUUAAUUGCAGAAUAGUCCCCGUUGACCCGAUUUUUUUGACUCUUUUUUUUUGUCUUCUUUCUUUUCUUUUUUUGUUUUUUUUUAUGGGGUGAUGAUGGUGUCGUAUUGAGGUGUGAUUUGGGCGUCGCUCUCUCUCGUCUCUUCCUAGUUUAAGCUCUCUCUACUUGCAUAUAUAAUUCCAAACACAAACGUGUUUGGCGAGUAAGAAACCUUAUUAUUAUUGGGGUAUACAUCAUAGAUUUCUGUCC